AUUUGGGCAAAAUAGGAUGCUUCUGUUACCUAACGAAUCGCGUCAUCACUUAAGUUUAGGUCAGGAAACUAACUUGAUUCCAUACUGGGUAAUAACGUGUCCCUCACCAUAACGUUGGCGCCAUUCCUCGUCCAAAACUGUUGUCGCGAUGGACUGAAUGAGAAAAUUCAAAGAUAAGAAAUUAAGACACCUUGGGGGUCAGAAAAAUGCUCAUUACCUCUCUACAGUGUAGACGGCGGCAAAGUAGAGCACGGUGUUGGCGCGGCUCCGCGCAGUUCCCGGAAAGGGUGGCUUGGCGCAGUGCAGCGACGUGUCAGUGGCAUGACUGGCCGAUUGCCUGCGUUGUGCUUCUUUGUGCGUCUUUGUGCGCGGGGCCGCGUCAGGAACGGGAGCAACCCCUCGCACGCGGCCCGGGGAGGCCCGUGCCUUGCACCGCGCCAAAUUCAAACCAGUCCGGGCCGCGCGGGCUCGGCGGCAGGGUCGGGGUUUGUCCGUGGAGAGCGCCGACGGAGGACAUGAGGCGACCGCCAAGGGGUGCACCGCACCGCGCGUCGUCUGCUUUGCCUUGACCGAGGUCGUGGCCAGGAUGAGGGCUUGGGCUGGCCUUUGCCUUUGCCUCCUUCUCGUCCUGGAGCGUGCAAGCGCCCAGGGCGACCUCGGUGAGUUUCGACGACACAACGUACACACAAAACUUUUGCGUGUACUCAGUACACUCCUCGAAUACUCUCAUUCCAGGAAAAUUCCGCCACGUUGACAGGAGUCUGACAGAAGGUCACUCUCCUUUGAGCAUUGCGUCACACUCGUUCGAAUGUGAAAAAGCUAAUUUAUGGCCGAUUCACAUCCAAACAAGCGACACACAAUUCGUAAAGGUGAAUGACGUUUUGUCGCGCUCGGUUUAACGUGAUGGAACUUUCUUGGAAUGAGAGUGAUGCAAGUGCUUGUAAGUAUACGUGCUUCGAGGAGAAGUGUACUUGCCACGAUGUGUGAGCUUGAAUGCAACCGAGCGAGACGAGGUUUCUUUGGCUUUCGGUCAGGGCUCGGGGUGGACUGCGACACCAGCGAAGACUGCCGCCUCCACGCGUACUGCGGGCCCGGCAGGGUGUGCGCCUGCAGAGAGACCUACGUGCCCGACAAGGACAACAUCACGUGCCUGGCAGGCCUCCGGCAAAAGUGCCAGUACGAUGACGGGUGCGUGCCGAACGCCUACUGCCGCCACCAGGAGCGGUGCGAGUGCAAGGAGGGCUUCAUCCCGACGAUGGAUCUUCUACACUGCAAAAGCAGCGCUCCGUCAGCCAUGUGCAUACCCGGUUUCGUGUUUUUAUUGGAUCUUGUUCUUGUUUUGACAAAUUUGCAAGUCUGACCACUGUAAAACGUUUCUAUGAAAUAAAUGACGCUUUUCUUGGAAGUGUUUCGGGAG